AUGCUGCCUGCCAAAAUAUCAAAAAAGUCAUCAAGGAAACCAAGAAUUGCCAUUCCACCCUCUGCCAUGCUGAUGGAUCCAGACGGAUGGGCAAGAUUUGCAACCGAUCUGAAUGUAGCUGCAACCAUCGCACGUGGCAACAAGAAGGGAAUUCAACAACAAAUGAAACAAGCAAUGGACAAAUUGAAAAUGAAACAGCUAUUGGAAAGUACAUUAGGAUGUGCAGAUAUUGUGCUGGAAAUCAUGUCAAACUAUAGUGAUGAGGAAUUCCUUGCUGAAUUGAUGAAGUAUUUGAUUAAUUUUCCUGAUUUGAGACAAUUGGUUGACUUGAUGAACGCAAGUACCAGUAAGAUCCAACAUUUAAAGUUCAAAAACUUUCAGCUCAUCUACCCAGAAUCUCGAUUCUCAAAAAGAAUUUUUAAAAUUAGUCCUUAUUUGAAAAAGUUGACAUUUGACCUUGAAUGGUCAUUCAUUAGAAACUUAACAAAUGAAGGGAAACCUAAGGGAGUUGAUAACCCAAUAUUUGCACUUGUCAAUAAUCUUGAUUUGAUUUCUUCCAAUAUUGAGGAAUUAUCAUUCUCAAAUAUAAUUUACAACAAUAGUGAUUUGUCACUUAUUUCACAUUUAGGUAGCAAGUUGACUCGAUUAUUAUUUAUUAGACCUCCAAAGAAUUAUGAUAUUUCCACCAUUGCUCCCAAUCUUGAAUAUUAUGAAAGUCACAAGUUUCCUCACAGAUCCAUCACAAUUCCAACUCUGUGUGUUUCACAUCCAAGUCAAGAAAACAUAUUGAAUCAUUCAAGUGAAAAGGUCAGGAAAUUGAUCCUUCGUAAUACUAUCGGUUCAUGUAAUGAAUUGAGAUCCUUCUUGAAUGAUUUAUUGGGGAAGUGUUAUCCUAAUUGUGAAGAAUUGAUUAUUCCAGAAACAUUCUUGCAAUCAUUGUCCAAGGAAGAUUUGAAGGAACCAGAAAUUGUGUGUUCAUUGAAGAGAAUCAUUGUUAAUCAUUCCAUCUCCACACAACCAUCCAAAUAUGGUGCACUCAAGCUUGCUUUAUCCUUUUUCUUUCCAUCAAAUACAAAAAUCCUAUUCGAAACCAUUCAAAAAGAGGAUAAUUUUGGAACCCUUCUCUCCAGUAACAGAUCUAUCAAAGUUGAUUGCUAUGAAGAUGUGCUCUUCAAAAGAAUUGAAAGCACCGAAAGCCAUUUCAAAGUAUUGGACAACUCUCUCAUUACCGAACAAAUCAGAAAGAUUAAGAAGAAAUUCAUCAAAUGCAUCAUUUCUAAUAAUUUUUCAAAAUUCAAACGCAUUAAUGAAUCAUUGGACAUUUUGGAAGGAUUGAAACGUAACAAACAACUCAUGCUCCAUACCAUUCAUCAAGCUAUAGAAAAUUAUCAUGACAUCUUUGACAAUGAUUCAUUAUACAUGUCAAUUAGUGAAAAGUUUGACAAGUGCAUGUCAAUUCUUGAAGAUGAAUACAUUAGUGAACUUGACUUUGCUCAAUACUACAACGAAUUGGAGUUUCUCUUCCAUCAAAUGAUUAAGGUAAUUGAGGAGAAUGGCUAUCCAACAAAAGUCCUCUUCAAUGAACAAUGGUUCAAUGAGCAAAUUGUUGAGAUUUAUGGUUUUCAAUCGGAUGAAGUUCAGGUCUAUGAAGAUUCACAAGAAGAAAUGGAGAAGGCAAGUUUCGAUUUAAUGCAAAUGGAUGAAGUAAAUAUUGACAUGGAAAAUGUUGUGUAG